UGUAUAUCCAGCCUUUCUUGUUUUGGGCGGUCUCGUGCCACCGCAUACAUCCCGAAUGUAGCCAUCACCGAUGCGCGAUCGCCUCUCACCGACAAACUGCAACGCGAAUGUCACUUAUGUCGAGGAUCUCAUCAAGGUGAUCCGAAAGUAGAUUCCACGCUCGAUCAUGUCCUGGAAAGUGGGCGCGACAUCAGCUCUUGGCGACGGGCGCAAGCGACCUCGUCAAUCGACUAGGCUGCCUCAUGAGCCGGAACACAUCUCGCACACCGGCUCGUCCUACAGCCUUGAUGGAGGCACAAAAGGCGGACGCCUUUCAGGAGCAUCCGCCAGUCCUCAGACGGGCGAUUCCCUAGAUCUGCUGCCUUCCGAUCAUGAAUAUGACGCAGACUCGGAUGCGGACGGCGAGGAAUUCGAAGGCGCGCCUUCCAAAAGGCAAGCUCUACAUUCGCGCGGGCUUUUUCUUCGCGAUGAACGACCUCCUCGUAAAAGGCCUCACUUGUCCGCUGAAGCAGAGGUGGAACUGGGACGCAACUUGAGCGGCAUGUCCUUGUGUCUAAGCCCAGACUUGCAACUCAAAGAGGAGUCCAUACCUUUGGCCCCGCCAAGCUCUCCGACAAAAGAUCACUCCGCCUCAGCGCACUUCAGCUCCAGCUCCCAAGUGGAUCUCUUCCCCUCGCAGGGCUCCACGAUCCAUCCAGCCAGCAGCGAAUCAGAGAUGAUUGGCGACAGUCAGAGCGCCGAACACACGACGCUUGACGAUGUAGCAAUGAAGAUCAGACGAGGACCCUCCAGCUACGAGGUGGGAAAAGAUCGGGUGGUCGUAACCACAUUGAGUGACACUUCAUCCGACGAUGGGUCAGUCAGCGAAUGCGGCGAGAAGAUCAGCGCAGAAGCAACGUCGACAGAAUCGCAAGCGGGGGCGCGGGCAGAGGAUGGGAGCGUUCGAGUGCAUCCAAAGUUGCUGUCCAAGCUGGAGGACUUGCAAGCCGCCUUGGUCAGGGACAGUGCGGCUGCUAGAUUGGGGCUGCACGCAGGAGAGUGGGGCAAGAGACGCGUCUCCCCCUUGAGCGGGAGCGUCACAGGAGGUCACGGAGCAAGAUCGCAGUCGGUCUCUCCAAGACCUACCUCGCCGACGAAUACCGUUCUACCUUCGCGAGAGGAAAGCGCAGCUGCUCUCAUAUUGUGGAAGAGGCCCGAGGACUUGCUCGGGACUCCCACCGCUGGCGGCUCGUCUGCCAACUCUCACGAAACCUCUGUGAGGCGACAACAUCCAGCAGCGUCCUUCUCUUUCGUGUCGAAGGCCGCGGCACAUCUGCAGCAGGUGGAGCAUUCAGAGUUCGAUGCCGCGUUGAAGAGCGCUGCUCCCAAUCCAUACCAGCACUUCGGCACUUCACCGCUCCACUGGCCCACCACUCGAGCAAGCUCCACGGAGGCAGCCACUCAUCAAAAAUCACAGGGAUCUACUCUUUCUGCUACAUGGUCAACCGAAAAGCCCAGCGAUGCCAUGGACAUCGAUUGAAGAGACUCUUAUCUCGUCUCUUCUUCCACAGUCAAGUCUUGACUUUCUUGGGCCCCCUGUAGUGCGUGUCCGCGCCUUGUCGUCAUUAGCAUCUCGCCACGCCGUACCAG